CAACAACAUUCAUGUUCAUCAGGUUUUUGAAUUCACAACUCCCCACCAUCUAUAAAAGGCUCCAUACACACACAAUCUACAUCAUUCAUCAUCAAUUCUUCAACAAUGAAAACAACCAUCUUCUUCUCACUUGCAUUCAUCCUGUGCAUCUUCAAGGCCAAUUCAGCUCCCGAUCCUGUGCUCGAUGAUCUCGGAAAACCCCUUCGCUCAGGGGUUCAAUACUACGUAAUCCUGACCAACAUAAAAAAUUAUACCAGCACCAUCUGGCCAGCAGCAGUGGGCAACAACAACACUUGUCCAGCUGGUGUUGUAGAACACCAAACCAAAGGGUGGGUCAACGCGUUUACUAUCGCUCCAGUCGAUCCUAAAAAAGGGGUGAUCCGUCUUUACACAGAUGUAAACAUAAAGUUCUUGGGUUCCACCCUUUGCGACGAGUCAAAUGUCUGGAAGUUGAAAUACGAUAAAGAUAUGAAACAAUAUGCUGUGAUGAUGGGAGGUGUUGAGGGAAACCCGGGACCGGAAACAUUGGAUAACUGGUUUAAGAUUGAGAAAACUACAGAUGGUUAUAAGUUUGUUUACUGCCCGAGUGUGUGCAGCUACUGUAAGGUUAUGUGCGGGGAUAUUGGAACAACUAUAGACAAUAAUGGAGUGUCACGUUUGGUACUCGGUGGUGAUCCUAUUUAUUUCAACUUCUACAUCUAAUUUAAUCGAUUAGUCUAGUUGUUGUAUAGAUGUUUGAAUAAGUAUGUA